GAUUGGUUUAUUGGGACAUAAUCCUUCGGGAGCCUAAAAGCAUCCAUGUGUCACAGUUUUUUGACCCAUUUCCCUCCACUCCCCAGUUUUUGCCUAUUACAAUUAAAGCUUCUGAAAAACAUUCAUGUAGAUAACUUUGAGUGGACCAAUACUUUCAUUACUCUUGGGUAAACACCUAGGCAUAUAAUUGCUGAGUCAUAUAAGUAUAUGUUUAACUUUUAAGAAACUGUACAUUAUUUUCCGAAGUAAAUAAUGUACAAUUGUUGUACAUUAUUUGUACAAUUUGCAUUCCUGCCCGCCAAGUACAAGAGCUCCGGUUUUGGGGGCCAGUCUUUUGGACGGCAGCCAUUCUGGGUGCACCUGGUGUUUUCACCUGCGAAUAGAGCAGAGGGUUUCUUGGACUUCCUGAGCCCCAGUUUUCUCAUGUGUGAAAUGGGGAUGAUCAUCUCACCUCUAAAAGGCGGUGUGAGGACAUUGGCAGUGGCUAAGGCUGGGACCAGAGGUCUGCGAAGGACAAUUUGGGUAGCUGCGCGGAGAGGGGUCAGCACCUUUUUGUUCUGCCAAGGGAAUGAGGAGACUGAGAACCAAAGAGGGAAAGUGAUCUCUCCAAAGUCGUAGGAUAAUUGGUAGAGUGAGACAAAAGUCCAAGCCUCUAACUGCGGAGACCAGCGAUCUUUCUACUUCACUCUUGGAAAGAGAUCCUAAGAUCUCUGCAAAUUAUCUUGCAAGGGAAAAAAAUGCCUAAAGUCAAAAGAAGCCGGAAACCCCCCCUAGACGGCUGGGAGUUGAUGGAGCCAGCACUGGAUGAAUUGGAUCAAAAGAGGAGAGAAGAACAUUAUGAAUACUGUAUUAAAGAAGGCUACGCAGACAAAAACCUGAUUGCAAAGUGGAAAAAGCAGGGGUAUGAGAACUUGUGCUGCCUGCGAUGCAUUCAGACUCAGGACACUACUUUUGGGACGAACUGCAUUUGCCAGGUUCCCAAAAGCAAGCUGGAAGUGGGUCGCAUCAUCGAGUGCACACACUGCAGCUGCCAGGGCUGCUCUGGCUGAGGCCAUCUGGCUCUGAGCCCUCUCCAUCCUGGACUUUGGACCUUGCAGGUUCUUACUGUCCCACCCUCUUCCUGGGAGCAGCUCUUCUUGGAGCAGCACCCUGGGCCCAAG